UCAAAUCAGAGUUUUGUAGGUCUGUAAUAUUCAUCAUGGCCCCCAUGCUGUCCCCCAUGGAGUGGCUCACUGACCUCCUUGUUGCCACCAACUGGUACCUCUACACACGCAGUAUCACAGUCACCUCCGCCUCCAUGCAGUGUCUUCAUCAGCUGGCUUCUGAGGUUGGCGCAGAGCAUCUGAUGGAGGACAUUGGACGUCUCUUUGUGCCCCUGCUGCCUGAAGAUUCCUCCUUCCGCACACAGGUGGCGCUGUUCAGGUACGCUGGGCGGUCCGGUGAUGGCCUGCUCCGUGAGAAUGUCUUGCGCAACCUGGGCUGGACUGUGGAGCCGCUGGUGGCUUCGGCCCAGUGGGUGAGCCUUCCAGAGGAGCUCCUGAAGGGUCUCCUGGUCCGCUCAGACCUGGUGCGGCCAGACGAGGCCUGGCUGCUGGGUGCACCGGAUGCCUGGAUGCUGGCACAAGGUGAGGAGGUGAACCCUGAGCAGCAGGCAGCUCUGCUGGGUCACGUGCGUUUCCCCAUGAUGACCCCAGUGCAGCUGUAUGAGCUGCCCUUCACCUCCCGCCUCUACAGCAGCCACAAAGAGCUGUUCCACUCUGCCAUCCUACUGGGGUUCCAGUUCCACGCACUGAACUUCUCCGCUCUGACUGGGCAUGUAGAUGGACAGAGUGAGCAGUUCCAGUCCAGGAUUUACACUUCCAAUCCCUGGAGCGUUAGCUUCAAUCUCACAAGUUUGUCCAGGAGAUAUGACCGAUGUAAUUCUUGUGGAACGCAAAAGGCAUUCAACACACCUGUCCCCAUUACAUCCACUUAUUCAUCUAGGUCUAUCCCAUGGCUUGCUGAAGUCUUUUCAACUGAUCAGAGUUGCCUCAACUACGGCUAUAUGUGCAAAAAAUUAAUUCUGGCCGCCUUCAAAAGAGAGAGUAUGAUACACGCUACCAGUUCAGCAACCGACUGUUGUUAGCCUGUAGAGUAAAUAUGUCUUCCAUAUGCAAGAAUUCAAGAACAAUGAGGCUAGGAUCUCAAACAACAUUUCCAUCCCGUGUCCAGAUGACCUUAGCAACCUAUUCGUUGUCCGACCUCAGUAUGCCUGAGGUGACUGCCCCAUCAUCACAGACAGUGCUCCCAUGAUUCCCCCUGUCUGGAGCUGAAUGUAUCUCAUUACAGUUUUCAUUCAUGAUCAGAUGACACAAGAAUGUGUUAUUUUAAAAUCGUACACUGUUUCUGCCCACAAUUGUGCUGUUACCUUGUGCCCAAGGGCUAUAGUUCAUAAAGACAUCAGAAAUAUCACCCUUCCUGUAGAACCAUACUUUCAAAAUGAUUUUCCAUCACAGCAACCUGUUGCUCCUUAAACUACAUACGCUUUGUCUGGCUGUGUUUGUGCUUCCCUUGUGCCUGGAUAUUUUUAAUUU